AUGAGCGGCUCCUUCGACCGCAAGCUCAGCAGCAUCCUGACCGACAUCUCCAGCUCGCUGAGCUGCCAUGCGGGCUCCAAGGACUCGCCCACCCUGCCCGAGUCCUCGGUCACGGACCUGGGCUACUACAGCGCUCCACAGCACGAUUUCUACUCCGGCCAGCCCUACGCCCAGACGGUGAACCCCUACGCCUACCACCACCAGUUCAACCUGAACGGGCUCGCGGGCACGGGCGCCUACUCGCCCAAGUCGGAAUACACGUACGCGGGCUCCUACCGGCAGUACGGCGCCUACCGCGAGCAGCCGCUGCCCGCGCAGGACCCAGUGUCAGUGAAGGAAGAGCCGGAAGCCGAGGUGCGCAUGGUGAACGGGAAGCCCAAGAAGGUCCGAAAGCCGCGCACUAUCUACUCCAGCUACCAGCUGGCUGCCCUGCAGCGCCGCUUCCAGAAAGCCCAGUACCUCGCGCUGCCUGAGCGCGCAGAGCUGGCUGCGCAGCUGGGCCUCACUCAGACACAGGUGAAAAUCUGGUUCCAGAACCGUCGGUCCAAGUUCAAGAAGCUGUACAAGAAUGGUGAGGUCCCCCUGGAGCACAGCCCCAACAACAGCGACUCCAUGGCCUGCAACUCCCCACCGUCACCAGCCCUCUGGGACACCUCCUCGCACUCCACGCCAGCCCCUGCCCGCAGCCAGCUGCCCCCGCCGCUCCCAUACAGUGCCUCCCCCAGCUACUUGGAUGACCCUACCAACUCCUGGUACCACGCACAGAACCUGAGUGGACCCCACUUACAGCAGCAGCCACCACAGCCCUCCACCCUGCAUCACGCCUCCCCAGGACCCCCACCCAACCCUGGGGCUGUGUACUGAGCCCCCCUGGCCUGUACUCCCAACGAAGGACCCAGGACCAAGCAGAGGUACCUCCGUCCUAGGAACACUCAGGAAUCUCCGAGGAGCACGGAGAAGGCCGGCUUCCUCCCUGCCCUGCCCCUUCUCCAGGGACCCAAGAGCUUCCAGAUGAAAUUGGCAGGGGCUGAGAAUGUCCCCCAAACCUCCCUCCCCCUGCUGAGAACUGGGGUGCCCCUCUGGAUGUGGGCACAUUCACCCCAGGGGAGCCUGGACUUGCUCAUCACCUUUGAGCACCUCAAAUCUAACCACUCCCCAGCCUGGAGACCAGGGACAGGGAUGUGGACACGGAGUGUUUGUAAGCUGAGCCUAGGCUGGGGCGCCCGGCCUGAUGGAUGCUGACCCCUGCCACGCCAGGCUCCUCCUAAACAGCCUGGCCUCUCCCGCCUGCACGGCCCUCCUGCCAAAGACAUUGGACAUCAGCACUGGGGCUCAGGCUGAGGCCCCGCCCGCCGCCUGGCCUGCACUUGUAGCCCUUGUUCAGGAUUCGAGGGUUGAACCAAAGAAACCGCCCCUAGCCAGGGAAUCUUUCACUAUGUGGGGGCUUUCGGGGAAGGAUUAUGGGAGCCAUCACCCCUUGCCCUCUGCUGGGAGGGCAUCUCUCAUGUUUCUCCUGAGGACCCCAUUUCUUCCUCCAUGUGCAGGACUUUGCACAACCUUGGUUUUAAAAGCUGUUGAAAAAAUAAGAAAACAAAGGGCAUUGUUACCAGAUAGGACCAAACCUUCCCUUCAGUGGGAACUCUGUCCCACUCUGCUCCUCUUCCUCAUCCUCUUCCUCUUCCCCCUCCUCCUCUCCCUUCCUCUCCUCCAACAAGUUGGCAGAUUGCCGCCAAACCCCCAGUCUCCACGGAGAUGCGCCAGGCAAGACAAGUCCCCAGACACCCCCUUUCCGGUGUCCUUGGAGAUAGAUUACUCAGCUGAGCUGGAGAAUUUGGGGUGAGUGUAGUGCUCUGUGGGAAGGGCAAGGCUGUGACCCAGUGCCUUAGGGGUGAGGGCUGGCAGCCAGGAGGCUGGCCCGGGCGUCCCCCCAAAGCUAAGCGUCUCCACCCCUGGUGUGCUGACACAUGGAAGGAGAGGUGCAAGACUGUAGCCAUAUAGAGAGAGAGUAUGUAUUUUUUUUUUUUUUUAAGAGCAACAGAGAGAAGCGGCCUCCUCCCUCCUGUGGUUUCCUAUUUAUGUGACCUUUUUUCUCUGGAUGGGUCCUCCUGUGUGUUGAGAAGAGAGAGAUGUGGGCUCCGGCUGGAUUUGGGUUUCGUGGGAGGAGAGGAGUGCGGAGAGGUGGGGUGGGUCUCCAAGUCCCACCCC